GUUGACACAUCGCACAGAUAAUCGCCGUAGUGGGGACCAGCGCUGAAGCGUAGCAGACUCCACAGCGCAACGUCACCACGCAGGCUGGCAGGAACCAGCUCCACAGCCCGCCGUUGAGCUGCCAAGCUCGUGUGACUUCAACUUUGAGACUGCGCUACAGCAACGAGUUGCAACUGGCUUGCAACAACUUCCAAUGUCAACGCUGCUAGUCCCAUUCCAGGUUGCCGCUUCACCGCACUUUGUGUGAUGAUAGCCGAAGCGCGUCGCAGUCGACACCAUGAACCUAUUCGGCGACGACGGGCACCGCGACAAGGACAAGUGCCUCGGCGAUAACUAUGUUGGUCCCCAGACGAAGGACACGCAGGUGCAACUCGUCAUCUCCUUGACUCUUGGUCUGUCCGCCUUACUGACCUUCUGUACACUGAGACCACGAUGGAAAUCGCUCUAUGCCGCCCGAAAGCGCCCCUCAGAUCCCACCUUUGGGCUGCCAGUCCUCCCUGAUAGCUUCUUCGGAUGGAUGCCAGCACUCUACAAGAUCACCGACCAGCAGGUGCUGGCCUCGGCCGGCCUGGACGCAUACGUAUUUCUGGCCUUCUUCAAGAUGUCCAUGAAACUGUUCGCCGUCAUGUUCUUCUUCGCCACCGUCGUCCUCGAGCCCAUCAACCGCCGCUUCGUCCCCGACAGCUCGCCCGACACCGGCUCGCCGCAAUCGCUACUCUUCCGCAACUAUGCAACCUACCGCAGCUAUGAGCACACGAGACUGUUUGGCGACAGUGAACCUCCGGAAAAAGAUCCCGAUAAUAGCUUCAACCGAAACAUGGGCUACCUCUGGUCCUACCUAGUGUUCACCUACCUAUUCACCUAUCUUACGCUCCACUUCAUGGAUAGGGAGACACGCAAGGUUCUCAGUGUGCGCCAGGAUUAUCUAGGGACCCAAUCCACUAUUACCGACCGGACUUUUCGGUUGGCUCGCAUUCCAACCGAGCUGAGGACCGAAGAAUCCAUAAAGCAGUUGGUGGAGAAGCUCGAGAUCGGCAAGGUUGAAAGCGUCACUCUAUGUCGAAAUUGGACAGAACUUGACCGGUUGAUGGAACAAAGGCAGACGAUUCUUGCAAAGCUAGAGGAGGCGUGGAGCGUCUACUUAGCCCACAGGCCGUUGGUAGCGGCGGACGAGCCGAAUGGGGACCACGGAGGCCCAGAUGCGGCUGACGAGGAAGCUGGGGAGAAUGACCGCUUGCUGAGAGGCCCCAGGGCCCGCUCCGGCGGACGGUCUCGCCCACAAACGCGGUUCUGGUAUGGCUUCCUUCGUCUACAAAGCCGCAAGACCGAUGCUAUCGACUACUAUACCGAGAAGCUCCGGCAGCUGGACGAAAAGAUUCUAGCCGCCAGAAAGAAGCAGUACGAACCUGUCGAUCUCGCAUUUGUUACCAUGGACUCUGUUGCCGCCUGUCAGAUGGCCAUACAAGCGCUUAUCGAUCCGCAUCCCGGCCGGCUCCUGACAAAUCCUGCCCCUGCCCCUUCCGACAUCGUCUGGAAAAACACGUACGCGUCUCUUCUAAGCCGCCGCAUCCGCUCUUGGGGCGUCACAAUUUUCGUCGCGGUCCUCUCCAUAGUCUGGCUAGUCCCUGUCGCCUUCCUCGCCUCGGUCCUCAGCAUCUGCACCAUCAACAACGUCUUUCCCUCCUUUGGCUCAUGGCUCAAGGAGCACGAGAUCGCUCGGGCGCUCGUGCAGACUGGACUCCCCACAGCUGUCGUCUCCCUCCUCAACCUUGCCGUGCCCUACCUCUAUGACUACCUCUCCAACCACCAGGGGAUGCUCUCCCAAGGUGACGUGGCCCUCUCCAACGUCAGCAAGAAUUUUUUCUUCACCUUUUUCAACAUCUUCCUCAUCUUCACCGUCUUCGGCGCCGUCACCUCCAUCUUUGAUGUCCUCCGCAACAGCCUCAAGGACACGACCUACAUCGCCUACACGCUAGCACGCAAAAUCGAGGAGCUGUCCGUCUUCUACACAAACUUCAUCAUGCUUCAGGGCCUCGGCCUGUUCCCCUUCCGCCUGCUCGACUUUGGCAGCGUCGCCCUGUACCCGAUCAACCGCAUGGGCGCCAAGACGCCACGCGAUUUUGCCCUGCUCGUCCAGCCGCCCAGGUUCUACUACGGCUUCUACCUCCCCACCGCCCUGCUGGUCUUUAUCCUCUGUCUCGUCUACAGCGCCCUCCCAAACGGCUCCUUAGUCCUUGCCCUCGGCCUGGCCUACUUCUCCCUCGGCUACUACACCCACAAGUACCAGCUGAUCUACGCCAUGGACCAGCCCCAGCACGCCACCGGCGGCGCCUGGAGGAUGAUUUGCUACAGGAUCAUGCUCGGCUUGGUCGUCUUCCAGCUGACCAUGUCAGGAUACCUGGCCCUGAGGAAGGCGUUUACCGUCGCCCUGCUGGUCGCCCCGCUCUUUGUGGGCACUGUGUGGUACGGCUGGGAGUUUAGGAAGCGCAUGGAGCCUUUGACGAGAUUCAUCUCGUUGAGGAGUAUUAAAAGGAGUGAGUUCGAGGGCGGUGAAGAAGGCGAGGGGAGUGGCGUGAUAUUGGAUGGGGACGAGGAAGAGGAUUUGGGCAGGGCCCGCAGGGAGCUGCUGAGGCGGGGCAGUACUGUCGACGAGGAGCGAGAGAAGGGAUUACGGUUUGUGAAUCCAAGUUUGGUGGUCCCGCUCGAACAACCGUGGAUACACCAGGAUCCGCCGCCACCUCUGGUAGAGGCUGAUGUUAGCGACGGUCAGACGACCCCCACGUCUGGUUGGCGCCGUGACGGCCCUGGACCGGGCUCUCAGACCCCCCAGCAGAGCCAAGGAACGUCGCGUGAAGGGAGCAACGCGUCGAGUGUUGUCAGUCUUGGAGAUACCCAUAUAUGGAGGGAAUAAGGCACAUGUUUGUCGUUGGGUUGGGUUGGUUUAUCAUUGCAAGGCGCUGGUUCAAGGAUGUACUCGCACCCCCAUGGUGCCUUUCUCUCAUAUAUCAGGAGAUCUCACUCACUAAUGUAGGUUAGAGUUUGAAAGCGAUACUUAGCCAUAAAUACAUCCUCACCUGAUUUCACGUUAUCAA